GCACUUUCAGACUCUGCAGUUCUCUAAGCUCCUCUGAUGCGCCUGCUCCUGGCGUCAUGUAGUGGUGGACUGGUUGGUCUCAGAAGACUCGGAGGUCUCCCAAGAGUAGCGGGCAGCUCGUCACUCGGAAUGGCUCGGGUCCUCAGUAUAGAGAACGUAGACCAGAAAACUCUAGAAGAAGUGUUGCAAGAGACAUCUGCUGCUCUGAGAGGAGGUGGAGUCGUUGCCAUACCAACCGAUACAAUCUACGGCGUGGCCUCGUUAGUUUCAAGUAACGAGGGGAUAGAGAGGAUAUACGAGAUGAAGGGGAGAUGGAGAGACAAGCCCCUGGCAAUCUGUGUCAGUGAGGUUGAGCAGGUUUAUAGGUGGGCCAAAGUGACAGUUCCGUCUAGUCUCCUGUCCCGUCUCCUCCCCGGGCCAGUCACCACAGUCUUUGAGAGAGGAGGAGACCUGAACCCUGCCCUCAACCCGGGACUCCCUCUGGUGGGACUCAGGAUCCCAGACUCCUCCUUUGUCCGCUGUCUGGUGGAGCAGUGUGGCUGUCCUCUGGCCCUCACCAGUGCCAACCUCAGUCACUCCUCCAGCACUCUCUCUGUACAGGAGUUCCGAGAGCUGUGGUCGCUCCUGGAUGUGGUGGUGGAUGGAGGAGUCAUCUCUCAUGGAGGAAGAGGGGGAGAAGAGGAGGCCAGUAGACUGGGCUCUACUGUAGUGGACCUCAGUCACACCGGAUCAUUCUCCAUCAUCAGACCUGGAAUGUGUUACCAGCAGACUGUGAAGUUACUCAGAGAUGAUGAAUAUCACUUGAAAGAAAUUGUCAUUUGAUCAUUAUUUUGUUUUAUUUAUCUCCCUCAAUCACUAACUGGUGGAAAUUCCUGUAAUUUUGCAACUCUCUAAUCUCAUCAGUGAUAGAGGCUCUGAUAGAGGCAACGUCUGCUGCUAUAUAACCAAAUUAGGAAGAAGUGGGUGGGAAAGGAAGAAUGCAUCAUGAAUACUCUUUAGACGCUGACUCUGCCAUCACUCAGUAACAGGGAGACUCUUAGUUGGUCGUGGCUAACGCUGACAGAAUUACUGGUCAACUGAAAAUACAAGGUUCCCUUCAUAUAAAGCCGCAUGGCUACGUCAGCAGAUGUCCAUGUACACCUGUGGUGCAGUGUGACAGUGCUACCAGCAUACUGUCAAC